AAAUUGUACAGCGAAAAUAGUUCAGAGAUGAAGUUAAUAGUGGCGCUAGCUGCCAUAUUGGGGCUGGUAGUUGAUGUCAGUACUCAGGCAGCUGAAGAAGGCUGGACGGAGGUCAACAAUCAAUAUUUUCAAUUCAAUUCUGGUGAGUCCGAUUUGGAAAUAAAGACGGAGGGUUUGACAGGCAAUACGAUAUUAGCUGUUGGAUGGUACGAAGAUUCUGGGUCCACUCCGCUGGGUACACUUUUCCUGCAGUUGACAGGAUCAUCCUCAGUUGUCUCGUACAGCAUGGUUUCCUGUACAAUCAUCCCGAGGUCAUUUAACCUAGCAAACCAAGAAGUUGUAUCUGCUUUUUCCAAGACGUGGAGGUUGAUAUUGACCAGCGAUCAUCUCCAGAUCAUGGUUAACGGACUGGAGCAGCUGAAAUUUACGUUUGCAGAUGACUGUUCUAAUGGAUGGCGAAACUGGGAUAAACAGACAGAUUAUGCGCAGUUUAAUUCGAUCGACUCGGCGUCUAAGGAGUAUCGUGUAAUUGCAAAGAAAAGUUCGGGGGGUGAUGCAGUGGCCGCCGAAUGUGACACAGGAUUUGUAAAGUGCGCGGAUCAAGAGCAAUGUAUUCGGGAAUCAUUUGUUUGUGACGGCGGAGAUCCAGAUUGUGAAGAUGGGUCAGAUGAAGAAAAUUGCACAGAAGAUUGUGCUGCGGGCCAGUCUCUGGAUCAGUUUACUGGCUGUGAACCCUGUCCGACAGAUGAAUGGAGUUUAGCAGGAAACGCAGCUUCUACCUGCACGGCAUGUCCAGCUGGCAAAGAGGUAGCCGCUGGAUCAGGAACAUCACAAAGUGCCUGCACAUGGAAAGAUUGUGCUGCGGGCGAGGCUCUGGAUCAGUCAUAUGGCUGUGAACCCUGUCCGCCAGAUGAAUGGAGUUUAGCAGCAAACGCAGCUUCUACCUGCACGGCAUGUCCAGCUGGCAAAGAGGUAGCCGCUGGAUCAGGAACAUCACAAAGUGCCUGCACAUGGAAAGAUUGUUUUGCGGGCCAGUAUCUGGAUCAGUCAACUGGCUGUCAAGCCUGUCCGGCAGAUCAAUGGAGUUUAGCAGCAAACGCAGCUUCUACCUGCACGGCAUGUCCAGCUGGCAAAGGGGUAGCCUCUGGAUCAGGAACACAACAAAGUGACUGCACAUGGACUCCAGACGAGUGUGUUAAAGCGGGUGAGGAUGGAUCAGACUACAGAGGAACUGUAUCAGUCACAGCAUCAGGAUACGUCUGCCAGAGAUGGGACUCUCAAUCACCUAAUACACACAGCAGAACUCCUGAGAACUACCCUGAUUCAGGACUGCAAGAGAACUAUUGCAGAAAUCCAGACGGUGAAUCAAAACCCUGGUGUUUGAAUAGUGAGGGAACUAAUCCUCGAGGGGGGUUAUGUGAUAUACCUACAUGCCCUGUGGCCGCCGAAUGUGACACAGGAUAUGUAAAGUGCGCGGAUCAAGAGCAAUGUAUUCGGGAAUCAUAUGUUUGUGACGGAGAUCCAGAUUGUGAAGAUGGGUCAGAUGAAGAAAAUUGCCCAGCGGUUGACUGCAGUGAUGCAGCAAACUAUGAAAGUUCCGAAUGUUAUUCUGCCGCCCCUCAAGGUCAAACUCUUUGCAGUUUAUUGGUCGGCCUCCUCACAACUCUUAUAAUCAUUGGUUUCUAGAGGAUCGCGUGACUCAGGAGCAGCACUGGUAUUAGGACAUGAAUAAUUGUUAAUAUGCAGUUGAACAGAGAAAGUAUAAACUAUAAAUACAUAGGUUUUAGAAUUUAUGUGUGUGCAAAAUGCAAAUAUGCAAAUAUGCCAAAGGAAGGUUAUAUUAACGUAACCAACAAAAAAUAUUUUGUUUAUGUUUUUAAAUAUUAUUUAAAUUAAAGUAAAUGAGAAUUGAGAUGGUAUUAACUAUUUGUAUUAAUACUAGUAAUAAUAGUAAUACUAAUAAUAUUAAUAUUAAAAUGUGAUGACUAGUAAUAGUAAUACAUGGGUUUUUACAACUUCACUCGCCAGCGCCACGUAACGUGACUUGGGUGUAAUCGUUUUCUAAUCGAAAAAACGGUUUUGCCUUUACCUGGGAACCCCAGGCUAUAAUUGAUAAUGUUCAUAAACAUUAAACAUAUACAAUAUAGCCGAAUAGAGAUUCGGCGGAAUGACACUGACAGGCUAAGUAAGUCUCGCCUGAAUCCUAACCCCGAAUUUAACUGUAACCCUAACCCGAGCCAUAAACAUUUAAAUUCGUGUUGCACUAGAACAGUUUUGCAGUUUGCUCAUAGCUCUUCCAUCUUCGGGGAAGCAAUUUAACCUUUUUAAUAUUGAUUAUAGUUAUACUGGGCGGCGCUCAGACUGUCAUUCCGCCGUGCAGCGUCUAUUGGCAUGUUUAUGAACACUAUCAGCAUCAGCAUGGGGUCCCCAAAUAAACCAAUACCAUUUCAGAGCUGCGGCCCAUAUGCUGUUAUAAUGGUUAAGAUUAGAAUUUCUUGGCGAUUGAUUUAGUGGAACUAAUUGUAGGUUACAUGUUCAUUCAUAGCUGCAUGUUACUGUUAGUGUUACUCGCAUAUUAGCUUUUUUAUUUUACAUUUGUGUGUUCCCACUAUAACAUCAUGUGAGAAUAGUCAGGUAAAUCGUGCAGAUUAGAUAGUUACUCUUAAGAUGUUAAUUUCCUUGAAUUUCUUUCCCUAUGCCUAGGUCAGGAGGACUAUGCUAAGGUUAUCUAAGGCCGGUGACAUCUACUUAGCGGGGAGGGGCCGGUGGUUUUUGAAAUCCAGACAGCUAGGGGGAGGGGGUGGUUUCUGAAAAUCCGGACGUCCGGGAAUUUUGGCAGAAUUAACGAAAAAGUCCCAUUUAUUUCAACUCUUUGACACUAAUUACUUGCAAGUUUAGAUCCCUGUAUUUUAAGCGAGUACUUAAUUAAUGUACUUAAAUGUAACUGUGCUAAACUUGUUCGACACUAAAUGUAUUAUUGUCAAUUUUAAGUAACUACACAUUUUAUUAACAAUGAAUUUGAGUUGGUUUUAUUUGUACUUUUAAAAGUAGCUGGAAAUCUGGACGUCUGUGAGAGGGGGUGGUUUUGAAAAUUCGGACACACCCGGACAGGGGGGGUGGUCUGAAAAUCUGCGAUUUUGGCGGACGUUCUAAGCUUAAGUAGAUGCCCUUAAAACAUGUUUUGAACAUUAGAUGAUUUCUUAAUUUCUAAUUUCAUGUACUUCUAGAUUCUAAACUUAAAGAGCAUAUUUGUGAAUUAAUAA